UCGAAACAGCGCAACAACUGCACGAAUCACAACUUUGUAAAAUGUAGGGAUUGACUGCCUCAGUCGCUCAAACUGUCAGUAGUGUUAUGUGAAGUCGUUUAAUCUGUUUAUGUUAUUCGGGAAAAAGCACAAUUUAGACUGCUGAAGGAGCUUACAGUCACGCGCCAGUGCUGUGACAGGCAGUGUGAGUGUCAGUUUCAUUACAGUUACGCGAGUAGCUAGCUUGCUAGAUAUUCUCUUUUCUGAACACAUUGAUUUAGUGUCAGGUCGAGCAAGAAAACUUUUAGGAUAGGAGGCUAAAUGGCAGACGUUGGAACGUGUGUCAUUCAUUAAAGGUUUGACGUUUUUCCAGUGAACAUUUCAAGUCAACAAGUCAGCUGAAGAUGGCCAGCAGGAAUGCCAGUGAGAGCACCCCUCUUUUGGACAGCAGCUCUGUGACUGUGAACAGGCCUGUGUCAGUGUUCCAGGGCAGAAGACUGGCAUGUGCUACUAUUCUGCUGGCAGAGUCAUUGGAACGAGUGGCAUUCUAUGGCAUCACUUCCAACCUGGUCCUUUUCCUCAACAGUAGCCCAUUUUAUUGGGAGGGAACUCAGGCCAGCCAGGCACCACUGAUGUUCAUGGGGGUUACAUACCUGAUCUCACCAUUUGGUGGCUGGCUGGCUGAUGCAUAUCUGGGAAAGUUCUGGACAAUUGCUGGCAGUUUGAUCCUGUACUUUCUUGGCAUACUGUUUUUCCCAUUUAUCGCAAGUACAGACUCCCAGAAUACCCUGUGUGGUGAUGAAAUGGCAUUUCCAGUGCAACCGGCUGAGUGUUUGAGCACAAACGGUACCCUUCCAAGCAAUGUGACCUGCCCCACACGGGCACCUUACUGCGGGCCAGUGAUCUACACUGCCCUUGUUCUCAUUGCCCUUGGUGUGGGAACAGUGAAAUCCAACAUCACUCCAUUUGGGGCAGACCAGGUAAAAGAUCGUGGCCCAGAGGCCACUCGCAGGUUCUUCAACUGGUUCUACUGGUGCAUCAACCUAGGGGCCAUCUUGUCCCUAGGUGGCGUGGCUUACAUCCAGCAGAACAUCAACUUCCAGUUGGGGUACAUCAUCCCAGCCGUGUGCCUGGGUGUCUCCUUCCUGGUGUUCCUGCUGGGGCGUACAGUCUUCAUCAACAAGCCAGCUGACGGUAGUGCCUUCACUGAUAUGUUCAAGAUCCUGGGUUACGCCUUCUGCACUGCACAGCCCAAAGAGCCCAACCUGCUACGGGCUAAACCGACUAUGCUGGACGGUGCCAAGGUGACAUAUGGAGGGAGAUUCCCUGAGGAGAAGGUGGAGGAGGUGAAAGCAAUGCUUAAAGUUCUCCCGGUGUUCUUUGCUCUUAUCCCAUACUGGACUGUAUACUUUCAGAUGCAGACAACAUAUUUCCUCCAGAGCCUACAUCUAAGGAUUCCUGACACCAGCACAGGCACCAAUAGCAGUGACGGCACCCUCCAGAUCACAUUCCGCUUCCCUGCCGCCUGGCUGACAAUGUUCGACGCAGUGCUUAUUCUCAUGCUGAUCCCUCUUAAGGACAAAGUGGUGGACCCCAUCCUCAAACGCAGAGGCCUGCUGCCCUCCUCCCUCAAGAGGAUCGCAGUGGGGAUGUUCUUUGUCAUGUGGUCAGCUGUGGCGGCUGGUAUACUGGAGACAAAACGACUUGAGAUCAUCAAAUCUAAUGGCACCAUCGACCAGGUCUUUGGCAACGUCAUCUACUACGCAGCAGAUCUGCCCAUAUGGUGGCAGGUGCCCCAGUAUGUGCUCAUCGGAAUCAGCGAAAUCUUUGCCAGCAUCGCAGGUCUGGAAUUUGCCUACUCAGCCGCCCCCAGGUCCAUGCAGAGUGCCAUCAUGGGACUGUUCUUCUUCUUCUCUGGGAUUGGUUCCUUCGUGGGCUCCGGCCUACUGGCCAUCGUCUCCUUCAAGGGGAUUGGCUGGAUGUCCUCCCACAAGGACUUUGGUAACAUCAAUGACUCCCAGCUCAACUACUACUUCUUCCUGCUAGCGGGGAUCCAGUGUGUCACCCUGCUGGUCUUCCUCAUCGUGUCGGUCAAAUAUGACAAACAGAAGAGUAGUAGAGCAGGAAGCCAAAGGCUGGGCAUCACUCCCUCUUGACCCCAGGACUGACCCAUGUCCAUCUGACUUCACCCUACCUGCCUUAGUGCAUAGUGGUUCGUGCCAAAACACCUCUGUGAUUUGGUAUGGGAUAGAGUUUUUAUUUUAUUUUUCCUCAAUGAGUUUGUAAGACUAUUACAUUUUAAGGCAAAAAUAAUAAGUUUGGACACACCUACUCAUUCAAGGGUUUUUCUUUAUUUUUUACUAUUUUCAACAUUGUAGAAUAAUAGUGAAGACAUCCAAACUAUAAGGAAAUAACACAUUCAAUAAUUUCAUUGAGUAACAAUGACAGCUUUGCUCACACUUGGCAUUCUAUCAACCAGCUUCACCUGGAAUGCUUUUCCAACAGUCUUGAAGGAGUUCCCACAUUUGCUGAGCACCUGUUGGCUGAUUUUCCUUCACUCUGUGGUCCAACUCAUCCCAAACUAUCUCAAUUGGGUUGAGGUCAGGUGAUUGUGGAGACCAGGUCAUCUGAUGCAGCACUCAAUCACUCCUCUUCUUGGUCAAAUAGCAUUUACACAGCCUGGAGGUGUGUUGGUUAAUUGUCCUGUUGUAGAACAAAUGAUAGUCUCACUAAGUGCAAACCAGAUGGGAUGGCGUAUCGCUGCAGAAUGCUGUGGUAGCCAUGCUGGUUAAGUGAGCCUUGAAUUCUAAGUAAAUCACAGACAGUGUCACCAGCAAAGCACCCCCAGACCAUCACACCACCUCCUCCAUGCUUCAUGGUGGGAACCACAUAUGCGGAGAGCAUCCGUUCACCUAUUCUGCGUCACACAAAGACACUGGUUGGAAUCAAGAAUCUCUAAUUUGGACGACUCAGGCCAAAGGACUGAUUUCCACUGGUAUAAUGCCCAUUGCUCGUGUUUCUUGGCCUAAGCAAGUAUCUUUUAUUGGUGUCCUUUAUUAGUGGUUUCUCUGCAUCACUUCGACCAUGAAGGCCUGAUUCACGCAGUCUCCUCUGAACAGUUGAGAUGUCUGUUACUUGAACUCUGAAGCAUUUAUUUGGGAUGCAAUUUCUGAGGCUGGUAAUUGGUGAACUUAUCCUCAACAGCAGAGGUAAUUCUGGGUCUUCCUUUCCUGUGGUGGUUCUCAUGAGAGCCAGUUUCAUCAUGGCGCUUAAUGGUUUUUGCGACUGCACUUGAAGAAUCUUUCAAAGUUCUUAAUGUUCUUGAUUGACUGACCUUCAUGUCUUAAAGUAAUGAUGGACUGUCAUUUCUCUUUGCUUAUUUGAGCUGUUCUUGUCAUAAAAUGGCAAGAUCUUUUACCAAAUGUGGCUAUCUUCUGUAUACCACCCAUACUUUGUCACAACACAACUGAUUGGCUCAAACAGAUUAAGAAGGAAAGAAAUUUGACAAAUCAACCUAACAAGGCACACCUUUUUAAUUGAAAUGCAUUCCAGGUGACUACCUCUUGAAGCUGGUUGAGAGAAUGCCAGAGUGUGCAAACCGGUCAUCAAGGCAAUGUUUGGCUACUUUGAAGAAUCUGUUUAUAAAAUGUAUUUGGUUUGUUUAACACUUUUUGGGGGGGGUUACUGCAUGAUUCUAUGUGUUAUUUCUUUAUAGUUUGGAUGUCUUCACUAUAAUUGUACAGUGUAAAACAUGAAGAAAAACCCUUGAAUGAGUGGACACACCUAAACUGUUGACUGGUACUGUACAUUUACUGUACACUCACACAUCCUCACAUGAGAUCAAGUUCAUCUUAAUGUUUAUUUAUUGUACAGUAACCUUUAUUUAAGUGAUCAUUACUGUGUCUGAACCUGUUCUAUCUGCAGAGGUCCGGUUGCCCUUGAAUACGCAUGGUGUAAUUUAUAGUCAUUUAAAACAAUUAUUUAAUGUAAGCUGCUCCAAUAACUCACUCCUGUUGUCAGAUAAGUAUGGCAUUAUACAACUGAGUGGCCUUUUCACUCUGAUCAUAGAUCAAUGAACAAUUUAAAACAAACUCCCCCAGACACACCACUUUCAAAAACCUUAGAGGCUUCAUCGACUUGUUAUUGACUGAUCCGGUUUGUACUUGUUUGUUUGCUCUUAAAGCCUUUCUUCUUGUAGAGGAAUUGUGCCAUGUUCAGACUGUAUUGAACAUUACUCAAAAUUGUGAUUAGGGCCUUGGUGUUUGACAUUUGCGACAUAGCUUUUUUUUUUUUUUUUUUUACCUUAUGGUUAUGGGAUUAAAUAGAACGGGUUUUUACUAACCAUGGUACCAUGUUCAAAAUUAUGAGACUGAAUACAAUGUCAUGCUGCUCAUAUAUACAUACUUUGUUUUUAGAUUUAGAGUUGCUUAAAUAUUGGUAUUUAUUGAAUUACAUUUGUCUGCUAAAUCCAUAAAUAAGGCUUAGCCUUACUUUUCACUAUGCAAUGAUUUUAAAUCACUAUUUUAAUCUGAUUACAGAAGAAAAAAAAUUACAUAUUAAAUGGAUAUAUUGCCAGCUAUUUCAACUUGUGUACCAUUUUGGUGUAUUUACCAUCAUUUACUCCUAGACUAACCACCCCUAGCCUGCAAAAGCACAACAUGGUGUUCCUGAAACGGGAUGUUCUGGGUCGUUCCACCAAUUUGGUGCCUUUUGGUGUCGUUGCCAGAACACAUUUAUUACAUUACCUGGAAACCUAAUAAGAACCUUAGGGUAAUGUUCUGUGGUGGUUGUUACAGAUGUUGUGCCCAAGAGUUUAAGGAAUGUUUGGAGGACAUUUCAUUUCAAAUGUUUUCUGAAAAACAUUAUUUGAAUGUUUUUGGGAUGUUAUCCUAAUGUUCGAUAAACCGCUUAAACUUAAUGGGAAUGUUCGCUAAUGUCCUGGGAAUGUUCCAGGUUUUUUCAGUGUUUUGUUAAACAGCAAGAUCCACAAUGUAUUUUUGUUUGGGGGGGGGGGGGUCUGCAUUUUUUGCUUUAUCUAGACAGUGCAAGAAGUGAAAGCUGAAAGUAUGGUAUUUUAUAAACCAAAAUCUACUCCGGGCUCAAGGGAUGUGGAAUAAUUGAUUAUUAAAGACUACCAAUACAAUUGUUCAGAAGAGUUGGCAUACUACUUUUGAGAUCUUAUGACAUAGCUGUUUACAGAUUUAUCAGGUAUGUGGCUUGAGUUUACCUUUUAGCUAUCACGUUGGAACCACUUACUAACUCAACACAGUGGCUGAAAACAACCAUUUUGGUCAUUAUUAGUGUUUGUUGGUUGAAUGGUGUUUUUUUUUGUGGUUUGUUUGCCAAUAAAAUCUAUUACAAUCCUUUAAA